GGGGCCGGCAGGCUGCACUUCCGGUGCCCACGCGCCGCCGCCUCCUCCGCCGUCGCGCAGCUCGCGGCCGUCACUUUGUGUAGUGCGGGGGGGGUCCCCGGUGGUCACAGCCCCCCCACAAGUCCGUGUCUCGCUCCGGCUUGGCCGGGCCCGGGCGCGCGCGCGACGGGGUUCUGAAAGGAAACAAGAUCCUCUUCGGGCCCUGCAUCUCCCCCAAGCCUUGUAAGUGCCUGUUGUCGACAGUCCUCGGGCCUGGCCUGGUUCAUGUGCACCGAGGGCUGGGCCACACGGAGGCUCUCUCCCGGGGAUGAUGGCUGCCCUUCAUACUGCUCCAGACUCCCCAGAUACCCAACUGGAGCCAGCAGAAGAUGGCUCGGAAUGUGAUGCUGAGCCCGAGGAGGAAGAGGAAGAAGAAGAGGAAGAUGACGAGCAGGGGAGAGAGGAGGAAGAGGUAGUAGUAGAAGAGGAAGUGGCCACACAGGUGCAGGAGGCGGCGGGAGUGGAAGUGGAGGCCAACUCAGCGGACACUGGUGGUGGCGAUGAUGGCGAUGACGGUGAUGUGGAGGAGGUGCUGGCAGAGGAGCAGACUCUGAGCUUAGGGACCCAGAAGCGGCUUAGCAAUGGUGCUGAUGCCAAGUCACCAGCUCUUCAAGGAAAAGCCCUGCAGGCCUCCCGGCUGCCUCCCACUACUCAGGGUGACGAUCCAGAGGAAGAGGAGGAAGAGGAAGAUGACGAGCAUUUCCUGACUCAGGGCCUGGUGACUUUUGAAGAUGUGGCUGUGUACUUCUCUUUGGAGGAGUGGGAGAGGCUGGAUGUGGACCAACGGGACCUCUAUCGGGAUGUGAUGCAGGAAAACUAUGGGAUCCUGGUUUCCUUGGGAUACCCAAUCCCUAAGCCGGAUCUGAUCUUCCACCUCGAACAAGGAGAAGAACCUUGGGUCGAAGACAGCCCCCAUCCCGAGGAGGGAGACGUCGUCACUGGUGUCUACACGGGAGCCUGGUUCUGGAACGACGACCUAGAGGACCACGAGGAGGAAGAUGAUGAGGACUUCCUUGCUGAGAUGGCAGAGGAGGAGAAUGAGCCCCCCGGGCUGUGGUCUGCUGCCUAUGGAGUGGGGGAUGUGCCUGGGACUUGGGGCCCCGACGACUCAGAUUCGGUGCAGACCCCAGAGGGUUGGGGACCCAACCCAGGCAGCCUUGGUAUUCUGGCGGAGGAGGUUGAAGCAAAACAUUUCCUGUCCGGUCGGGGGCCUGGGGAGAACUUUCUGGUGCCCUGGGCAUUUCCCGCAGUGGCUGUCCCCAUCGGAUGUCCGGAGACCACUUGCGAUGUGUGCGGCAAAGUGUUUCCUCACCGUUCGCGCCUGGCCAAGCACCAGCGCUACCACGCAGCGGUCAAGCCCUUCGGUUGUGAGGAGUGCGGCAAGGGCUUUGUGUACCGCUCGCACCUGGCCAUCCACCAGCGCACGCAUACCGGCGAGAAGCCCUUCCCGUGCCCGGACUGCGGCAAGCGCUUCGUCUACAAGUCACACCUGGUCACGCACCGGCGCAUCCACACGGGCGAGCGGCCCUACCGCUGUGUCUUCUGCGGCGCGGGCUUCGGGCGGCGCUCCUACUUGGUGACCCAUCAGCGCACUCACACGGGCGAGAGGCCCUACCCGUGCUUACACUGCGGCCGUAGCUUCAGCCAGAGCUCAGCGCUCGCCCGCCACCAGGCUGUACACACCGCUGACCGUCCUCACUGCUGCCCUGACUGUGGCCAGGCCUUCCGCCUGCGCGCCGACUUCCAGCGUCACCGGCGUGGUGGCGGCUGCACGGAACCCAGCAGCGGCGAUGGCGCGCUUACCGCUCCACACGAGGUAGGGAUGGCUCCCAACGAGGUGGAGAUGGCAAUCGCGGCCGUAGCCACGGCGGAACCCGAGGAACUGGAGUCCGGGCUCGCAGAGAAGAAUGAAGAGCCCAAGGCUGGUGUGGCCGAUGGAGACAAUGAAGUUGAAGUCAGACAGGAUGAGCAGGUGGUGGUCGCUGCGGCAGCAGAGGCGACUGUCCCCGACAGCAAGAAGGAUCCUGAGCCAGACAGGAGGUUUCGUGAGAUGGGCAACGGCCUGGCGGAGGGCGAAGGGCCUUCCUCGCACCGGUUCGGCUUCCAUUUCCCCAUGCACCCCAAGUCCUGGCUGCAUCCGGACGGAUUCCCCUUGCUGGGGUUCCCCGAGUUCUCUGAACGGCUGCAGACCGAUGGGCGCCAUCUGCCCGGUCCCCUGGGCGCCCCGCUAUCCCUGCAGGGCAUGGGGUUGGCUUGCGACCCGUUCCGUAGCGCGGGCCCCGGCGCCAGGGCGGAUAGUGGCCUGCGAGCAUUCGCGCCCGCCGUCGGCUCGUUGCUGUCGGAGCCGGCACCUGCCGCGCUGGCGGAGGAGGAGAGUCCGUGGAUCUGCUCGGACUGCGGCAAGACGUUCGGGCGGCGCGCUGCGCUGGCUAAGCACCAGCGCUACCACGCGGGCGAGCGGCCCCACCGCUGCGCCGACUGCGGCAAGAGCUUCGUGUACGGCUCGCACCUGGCUCGGCACCGGCGCACGCACACGGGCGAGCGGCCCUUCCCGUGCCCGGAGUGCGGCGCUCGCUUCGCCCGCGGCUCGCACUUAGCGGCGCACGUGCGCGGCCACACGGGCGAGAAGCCGUUCGUUUGCGGCGUGUGCGGCGCGGGCUUCAGCCGACGCGCUCACCUCACGGCACACGGGCGCGCGCACACGGGCGAGCGGCCCUACGCGUGCGCCGAGUGCGGCCGGCGCUUCGGCCAGAGCGCGGCACUAACGCGGCACCAGUGGGCGCACGCCGAGGAGAAGCCGCACCGCUGCCCCGACUGCGGCAAGGGCUUCGGCCACAGCUCGGACUUCAAGCGGCACCGACGCACGCACACGGGCGAGAAGCCUUUCCGCUGUGCCGACUGCGGCCGUGGCUUCGCGCAGCGCUCCAACCUCGCCAAGCACCGGCGCGGCCACACGGGCGAGCGGCCCUUCCCCUGCCCAGAGUGCGGCAAGCGUUUCUCUCAGCGUUCCGUGCUCGUGACGCACCAGCGCACACACACAGGGGAGCGGCCGUACCUGUGCUCCAACUGCGGCCGGCGCUUCUCGCAGAGCUCGCACCUCCUCACGCACAUGAAGACGCAUCGCGGGCAGGGGGGCGCGCCAGCGCAGAACACCUCCGCCAAGGCCCAGGCGCCUGCCAAGGCAAUACCGCCUCUGCCUCCAUCGGGCUCGGGCUCCGGCGCUGGAACGCUGCUCGAGUUCGCCGGAGGAACCAGCUUCGGCUCCGAUCCAGCGGCGUUCGCCAGCCCCUCGGGCACCUACGAGGAGAGCAUCCUGUGAGGCCUGUCGAAGCGCGCGGCGUGUCCUCCGUCUCUUCCGCGGCCUAAGGAUUCCCACUCUUGGGUGCUCAGGUCCCUUCCGCCCCAAGCUUCAGAUCUGGCUUGGGUGCGCAUGGGCCGCCAUCCUGAUCAAGACCGACCCAUCCCUGGAUCUGUGCUACAGGGGUGGUGGGAUGGCGGGCAAGACCUAUUAGUUCAUCACGGAUCCGGUUCAGGUGGCCUGUAGAGCCCCGCUGCUUUAGGAGUCUGUCACUGGGCUCUCUGGUGCAUUUGGGUUUCUUGGUGGGUUUGACCUCCACCAAUCUCCACCAAUCUCUCCCUGGGAGAUUUGGGGACCAUCUUCCUGUCAUUUGAGUGAGUCCAGUAUGUUUUCAGAACCUAGUGCUGGCAGGAACCUCAAUAGGUUUUGGGGGAAGUGGAGGUACCAACAGGGGAAGAUUUUCUGUCGAUUGUAGGUAUUCAUUUCCAUCUCUUAUAUGACCGAAGAGUGUGGGAGGAGUUGAAAAAGCAAAAUACCAAACGGGUAGCCAGGUUUCAGAUGCUGUCAAGGUCCCUGGGGAGUUGGAAGCCUUAUUCUUUGAAAAUCCUCACUCCAACCCCUAAACACAGGUCCGACAAGCCCUGGCUACAACAUGGAUUUUGGUAUUACUAUCCCCUCUCAGUCUGUUCUCUAGUGGCUACAAGUAGCACACAUGGGCAUAUGUGGGGUGCUGGUCUGGGCUCCUAGCCCCCAGCCUUUCCUAGCAGAUCCCUCCCCUGGAGCAAGUGACUGUGGAGUCCUGCGUUCAGUCAGCCUUUCCACAGCACUGGGGUGGGCCCAGGAAUCUUCCCUCUUAUCCUGUAAUAAGGGCCCUACAUCCUCUGCAAGCAUUUUCACUUGGCUUCUGGGGUCACCCUACACAAGAAGCGGGUGGUGUUUCUGCCAUGGGUGGGUCCGUGGCCACAGAGGGAUUGGCGGCUUGCACAGUGGUUGUCCACAUAAGGGAUUAUGCCGAUCUGAGCUUACAGCACCUUACUCUGCAAGGCCCCUGUACAGUGGACAGCCCAGACUGUUGGCAUCUGUGGAGGGUUCCCAGGAGCCUCUCCCACCUUCCAUGAAUUCUGGGCCAGUGUGACUAGGGGCUAGAGAAGUGAGAUUUCCACCCAACUGCAUUCCCUUUUAGACCUAGAUCUGUUGUUGUAGUAUAGACAUGACCUUGGGGCCCAAAAGCUAACAGGCUGGCUGCUAGGUGCUGGGUGGGUCGUCCAUGGGUGGGAGGAGAGCCUGGGUGGUGAGGUCGCAUUGAGUGGGGAGGAAGACAUGGGUCCUUGUUGUUCAGCAGUGGAUGACACACAUCCCUUUUCUCUUUCCAUGUCUUCCGGGACGAGCUUCAGAACAAGCCAGGGCAGGGUGGUCUGUGAGGGUGCCAUCCCAUCCCUCUUAGUCUGCAGCCAUAACCACCCUGCCCCCUCUCUUGUGGACAGGGGGACCUAGCUUUAAUAAAGGUGGAGUAAUAAGCUUUUGGACUGGACUCUACUUUUGCCCCACCUCGGUGCCUGUUAGUGACACUCACUCUGGAAAGCCCAUCUCCUUUCUGACCCCACCUCCCACCCUUAGAGAAACCAGAAUCAAAUCUGGCAUCACGGAUUGGGCCUGCAUCCACCACAUCUUGCUGGGAUACCUCACACUGCCAGGAAUUUGGAACAACAUACACAGGCAUGACUGUGACUAACCUUCCAGGUUGAGAGCAGGCCUAGUCUCCUUCCUGGGAAUGCAGAGCCCUGGCCUUGGCCUUGGCCUUUUCUCAGGGACUCCAGGGCUAACUGACUUGUCUACUCCAGAUCCAUAAAGGCAUGACCACCCCAGAGCUCCCAAACAACCCCUUUAAACUGGCUUUCCUUAGUCUUCAAGCUGAUCUUUUCCCAGUGGGUUUGAAAAAAAUAUGCAAACAUGACUUGAGACAUGGGGAUGAAGGAAAUUAGUAUUUCCUUUAAAACCACAAACAGGCCAGCCAAGGGAUGCAGUAGGUUGGCACAGAGUUUGCUUGAUAUUCCCACUUUUCCUCUCCAGAGCCCCAUAAACCAGGGACGCUUGUCAUCCCAGCACCCGGGAGGUGGUCAAGAGGAUCAGGAAUUCACCGUCAUGUUCAACUCCAUGAGUUUGAGGCCAGCCUGGGCUACACAGAGACCCUACCUCAAAAAUAAACAAAUAACCCGGACUUUAGGAGGCGGAUGCUUUAUAAGACAAAGAUGGUUGAAAGGCCAAGCAGAUCCUUGAUAAAACUCACCAUUGACUGCAGCUGGAGUUUUUCGUGUUGUGUCUGUCCUAAGACUGGAAAAAAACAAAAGGUCUCUUCAUUACCAAGGAGGGUAAAGCCCCAGUGACCUCUGAAAUGUGACCAAGGGUGACAUUUGGAGGACUGCUCUUGGCCAUUUCCUGCCUUGGCUUCCAUUUUUCUUCUGACGUCCCUGAUUUCUCAGCCUUUGUAUUUUUUUCGUUCGUCUCUUUAGACACUUAUCUUCUCUGUCUCUUCUCUGCUUAUUCAACAGUUUUAGAUUCAAAUAAAAGUUUAUCUUCCUUGUUCAUUAUUUCCCCUCAGAUUAUAAGUUAGAUAUGAAUUGUAAGAACUCCCAACAGUCUGAGUCGUCAAGUUCACCUUCACACACCCCCUCCCCUGACAAGACCCAUCCUACGCAGUACCCAGGCUCCUGGGCACACACAGCUCUAUAUGGUAGUGGUUCUGAUUAACAACGUGCUUCAGAUAACUGUUCGACAACUUGCUUUCCCCCACUUCUGUACUGUGUAGAAUUCAUGGUCACACAUGCCUGAUUCGAAGUCUCAACAACAGGGGGCAGCAGAGAGCGUUGAGCAGUCAAGAGCACUGGCUGGGCUUCCAGAGGAUCCCUGGUCACAUUCCAGCACCUGCCUGGCAGCUCUCAAGGCUUCAGUCCCGGGGACCUGACAUCCUUUUUUGGCCUCUGCAAGCAUGGGAAUGUAUGUGGUACACAGACAUGCAGACAGAGCACCCAUACACAUAAAUAAAAACCGAACAAUUUA